AUGAGAGAGGCCGCGAUCAUCUCUUCUGAAUGUGAUGUCUUACAGGUCAAUUUUUGGCUUUAUGCUGUUUUGUUUUGUGUACUGCUGGCAACGUGUUUCCCAACCGUGAAUGUUUCGAUGAACACUCUUUUCAGUAAGAUUCUUGGUCCACGGAGACAGGGUACCAUGCAAGGGAUUAUGCUGAUGGCCGGAAGUUUGGCUCGAACCAUCGGUCCACUAGCGGUAGCGUCACUUUUCCAAGUGUAUGGUCCCCUUAUCUUAUGGAGCUUAGAGAAGUAUUUUUUUCAGCUGAGCACAUUGGGCGCUACGUUGCUGCUAUGGCUUGUGUUCUAUCGACGGCUUGUUCCUCUAAAAAUUCCUGUACUGUCAUGCGGAGAACACAUGAAAUAUCCGAACGGAGUAAAAUACCGCAUGUGA